GAUCCUUGAUUCGUAAGUUGCGAACCUACAAAGUGGCGAACAGACCGAAGUCUCGCCGCUGACGCCAGCGCGCGGCCGCACCCGGCAGACUCGGCUGGUCGGUCCGCCGAUUGAAUGCAGACUUGGACCAAGCCUUGCGUCACCGCGUCUGCGCUCAGGAACAUUGCAGGCGUCUACUCUGCUGGAAGAAAAUAUAGCGUUUUCGUAGCGUGGAAACUGUUAAUUGUUGCGAUUGUUGGAAGCGUUUUGGAGACAGAGGUUGUGUACACUUUUCAGUGCUCAGGAACAUCGCAGGCGUUUACUCUGCGUGGAGAAAACAGCGUCACUCGUAGCGUGGAAACAGUUCGUUGUUGUGAUUGUUGGAAGCAUUUUGGAAACAGAGGUUGCGCAUUUGUUGGUUUGAUGUGAAGGUUGUUUGUGUGAGGGAUGUGGAAAGGCAGAGGUUCGGAUUUCUGCGAGGGUAUUGCUUGCGGGAGCGAGAAUUCGGGAGGGGGCUGAUGGUGGAAGCGGUGUGCGGGCCAGGAGAGAGAGAGAUUGGGGGAGGUAUGUUGAAAGCUGCGCUUGGGGGAGCGAUGCGGAGCAAAGGAUUAGGGAACAAGAUUGACGAAUCAUGGAAACCUCCGCUCGGGGAUCUGUUCUGUCAACUGAACGAUGAGUCACUGCUCAACAUCUUGCGGCGGUUGUCGCCCGCCCCGCAUUACGCACUCGUGUGCAAGCGGUGGAUGCGGUUGCACGGGAGCUUGAGGCAGUCGAUCAAAGUGCAGGACUGGACGUUUUUGGAAAGUGGUAGGAUUCGUCAGCGGUUUCCCAAUCUCACUGACGUGGAUUUGUCGCGAGCUUGUAUGGUGACGCCGCCAGCCGGGAAGGGCUCUGCAAUUCUGCUCACGCACCAGGGGCUCACUGUCCAGCUCAAUUACGAUGCCGUGGAUUCGCCGUCAAUUGAGUGCUGCAUCGAGGAACAGCAGCUGUCCCCUGCAAAGCUCGACAAGGGCUUGAAGCUACUUGCGGAUACAUAUCCAGGUUUGCAGAGGCUCUGUGUGGUGGAUGUGAGGAGGGGGGAUUACUUUGCCCGAACUCGAUAUUUGUCUCGCACUUUAUCGAAACCGAAAAGCGUGAAGAAAGCUCGUCGUGCACAUGAUUCAGACAAGAUGGAGAAAGCAAAAUCAGCCAAAGAAGCAAGAGAUACUAAAGACGGACUUGGUGAAGCUUUGUCAGAUGCUUUUAAGCGUUUAAAAAGUGAUGAAGGAACCUUGACUUGGAACAUGAAUAAUCCAUUUGAAACCCCCAAGUCGGGGGUCCGACAUCUGAAGAGGAACACAGAAGAGACAGGAAUCGCGAGUAUAGCGAAGAAAUGCCCGCUUCUACAGGAGCUUGAUUUGUACCAAUGCACGGACGAGACUCUAAGAGCUAUAGCGGAUUGUGAUAAUUUACAGAUAGUGAGAUUGAUUGGAUCUAUUACAGGAUUUUAUCACUGCACAUUCACGGAUAUUGGCCUCACUAUCAUGAGCCACACUUUCCGACGGCUGGUCUCACUGGAACUUAGUGGCUGUGAAGCAAGUUACGAGGGCAUCUCGGCUAUCGGCAAGUGUUGUGUGAUGUUGGAAGAACUAACCCUCUCAAAUAAAGGUUUCUACGAGGGUUGGGUAGCAGCAUUGUCUUUUUUGGCUUGUUUGAAAACCUUGCGGCUUGAAGGUUGCAAGCAGAUUGAUCGGAAUCCAGGUCCAUAUGGUCGUCUGGGCCGAUGCUCCACCAUUGAGCGCCUCCAUCUUGAGCGAUGUGAUUUACGAGAUAGGAUUGGAUUUGCUGCACUGCUCGCGGUGUGUGCUGUCGUCAAAGAGCUUGAAUUUAAAGAUUGCUGGGGUUUGGAUGACGAUACCUUGGCUCUAACUGUUUCUUGCAAGAGGGUUAGACUCUUGAGUCUUGAGGGAUGCUCUUUAGUUACGACUGCAGGGGUAGACUCGGUGGUUCAGUCUUUCAAGGAUUUAAAUAGGUUUCGGGUCACUUUUUGUGAUAACAUUCGAGACUCCGAACUCAGCCCUGCUCUCUGCGAUCGUUUCUUGACUCUGAAGGAAUUUUCAUGGCGUCCGGACACGAAAUCCGUGCUUAAUGCCGGCCUUGCUGGCACAGGAGUUGGCAGGAAAGGAGGAAGGUUUUUCAGAAAAUCUUGAAAUCUUUUCACCUGCACCUCUAUGUAUUGUUCUGUAUCAUUACCUUUUGUCUAUUUAUGUACAAAUAUUUGUCAACUGGGUGAGAAAUCGUCAUUUCUCGCCUUGUCUUUACAUUCAGGUUGUGUUACAGAGUCUGUUUGAAGUCAAUUAAACUGCUGAUUUUUGGAUCAGUUUCUUUAUCAA